AUCCUCGCAGUUUCCGCCCUUCGGAUGGAUGAGACGGAGUCCAGCGUCCAGACAGCCAGUGCGGGAGCGGCAGGUUGUCGGUCCGUCAGCGCGUAUAACGCGCGGUGUUCGUGCGUCACGGUGCGCUCCGGACUCUCCUCCCUGCCCGUCAGAUGUUCAGCUCAGCAUGUGAUGCUCCGUCCGUCCUCAGAGUCCUGCGAGCGCUCAGUCUGGACCAAACACCCGAUCUGCUCUGUGGAUGUGCUCGUUUAUCUCUCCGUGUAAUCAUCCGACAACCGCGGUCAUUUUAAUCGGAGGACAUCGCUGCAAAGAUACCCACGAACUGGCACCGAGUACUGGACCCUUCAGGCUCUUCCUCACAUCUUCAUCCAUUCAUCUCUUCUCCCCACUCCUCUUCUGUCAGUAAUUUCUCUCCUCCUCUCAGUUGCUACCUCUCUGUCCUCUUUUUUUUUUCUUCUUUUUCUCUCUGUCCAUCCUCACACCUCUUCCCGGACCCCCCAGCCUCCCCGAUGCCUAAGACCAGCAAGGUGGUGCAGCGCGAGCAGAGCCAUGAGCACGUCACGGAGUCGGUGGCCGACCUGCUCGCCCACGAGGAGCCUCUCGAUUACAAGAGCAGCUCCCUGAAUGUGGGAGCGGCCGCAGGGAAGAAGAUCCCUCAGAUAGAAGUCCCCGAGAAUGACGGCCGGCCGGCGUGGAACAGCAAGCUGCAGUACAUCCUGGCCCAGGUGGGCUUCUCUGUGGGGCUCGGAAACGUCUGGCGAUUCCCGUACCUCUGCCAAAAGAACGGAGGAGGUGCAUAUUUGGUCCCGUAUUUCAUCCUCCUCCUCAUUAUCGGCAUCCCGCUCUUCUUCUUGGAGCUGGCUGUGGGUCAGAAGAUAAGACGUGGCAGCAUCGGAGUAUGGAACUACGUCUGUCCACAUCUCGGUGGGAUUGGGAUGUCAAGUCUGAUGGUUUGUGGUUUUGUAGGUCUCUACUACAACGUCAUCAUUGGUUGGAGCAUCUUCUACUUUUUCCAGUCUUUCCAGUAUCCGUUGCCAUGGAGCGACUGUCCGAUUAGAAAGAAUGGGACAAUAGCCAUUGUGGAGCCAGAGUGUGACAAAAGCUCAGCCACUACAUAUUUCUGGUACCGGCAAACUCUGAACACAACCAGCACCAUCGCAGAGAGCGGCGGCCUCAACAUCAAAAUGACCUUAUCUCUGCUGGUGGCCUGGAUAAUUGUCUGCCUUGCUGUCAUUAAAGGAAUCGCCUCUUCUGGGAAGGUGAUGUACUUCAGCUCUCUUUUCCCUUAUGUGGUGCUCUUCUGCUUCUUGGUCAGAGGUUUAAUGCUCAAAGGAUCAGUAGAUGGGAUCGCUCAUAUGUUUACUCCAAAGCUGGAGAAGAUGCUGGAGCCGCAGAUUUGGAGGGAAGCAGCCACUCAGGUGUUCUUUGCUCUGGGUUUGGGGUUCGGAGGCGUCAUAGCUUUCUCCAGUUACAACAAAAUGGACAACAACUGCCACUUCGACGCUGUGCUCGUCUCCUUCAUCAACUUCUUCACCUCAAUUCUGGCCACGCUGGUGGUGUUCGCCGUGCUGGGGUUCAAGGCCAACAUCAUGAAUGAAAAAUGUGUUGCAGAAAAUGGAGAAAAGAUCCUGGGAUACCUCAACGCCAACGUCCUGAGUCACGAUCUCAUUCCUCCUCACGUGAACUUUUCCCAUCUCACCCCAUCAGACUACGCUGACGUGUACAGCAUCAUCAAGACGGUAAAGGAGGACGGCUUUGCCAAGCUGGGUCUGGAGCCCUGUGUCCUGGAGGACGAACUCAACAAGGCAGUUCAGGGCACUGGCCUGGCCUUCAUUGCCUUCACGGAGGCCAUGACCCAUUUCCCAGCAUCCCCUUUCUGGUCUGUAAUGUUCUUCUUCAUGCUAAUCAACCUUGGCUUGGGCAGCAUGAUUGGCACCAUGACUGGCAUCACCACACCCGUCCUUGACGCCUACAAAGUUCAGAAAGAGCUUUUAACAGUGGGCUGCUGCAUUGUGGCCUUCCUCUGUGGGUUGUUGUUUGUUCAGCGUUCAGGAAAUUAUUUCGUCACCAUGUUUGAUGAUUACUCAGCCGGUUUGCCCCUCACCGUUGUAGUGAUCCUGGAAAAUGUCUCUGUCGCUUGGAUUUACGGCACUAAACGCUUCAUGCAAGACUUGGAGGACAUGUUGGGUUUUCGACCGUCUAUAAUCUACUUCUACCUGUGGAAGUACGUCUCUCCUCUUUGUCUCAUCGUCCUCAUCUCAGCCACAGUCAUAGAGAUGGCCAUCAGCCCACCUGGAUACAACGCCUGGGUUCAAGACCUGGCUCAGGAACGUUUCCAAAGCUACCCUCCCUGGGCUCUGGCCAUGUGCUUCGCUCUCAUCAUAGUGGCCAUGCUUCCUCUCCCAAUCGUCUUCAUCGCACGCCACUUCAACUUGAUGUCAGACGGCUCCAACAAGCUGUCUGUCUCCUACCGUAAAACCAUGAUGAAAGACAUCUCCAACCUUGAGGAACAAGACGAGGCCAGAUUCAUCCUCGGUGCCAAGCCUGGCGACACGCCAUUGUCAGGUGUAGCCCGCAAACCCUACGUGACUCCUGCAGGGAACAAAUCUGUGGAUCCCAACUCUCUGUCUCCAAAUGUCUGCUACGGUACGAGCUACCAAAACACUGCGAUAAGUCCCACAACACCAACAACGCCGCCUACUCCUCUCACACCUCUCACACCAGAGUCAGACUCUUGACUUUCCUCUUACUAAAACCAAUCCAACAUGCAGUUUAACUUCCAGCCUUUUCCCUGCUGAUAUUACAAAACCUUCAAAACAAUGUUUUGAAGCAUGUACAACACAGAAAAUGUUAGUUUUCUUGUAAAGUAUACGCUUCAAAACAGUUUUUUUGCUUUUCUUGAUCAGAUUGAAGCCAUACACUGGGUAAAACAAGGUAUUGUUAGUCCAAUAUGCAGUGAGUCUGAGAUGAACACACACAAAAAACAUCUAAAAAAAACUACAUUUAGUUUUCUGAAUGUGUUUCUGUGUGAUAUUUAUAUAAGGCUGCUGUAAAGACGUACAAAUCUGUUUCAUUCAAACCCAAAGUUAACCACCUUCAGGAUUUUAUGUAGCGAUCUUCGUUCAGUCUGUAAAUAUGGAUGUACAGUUAGUUAGAGAAGCCUGUAGAUUUUACUAUGUGGAGAUUAAAGCACCAAUGUCAUUCUCCAUCACACACACACGUGUCACGUUAUGUAGAAGUUAAUCGUUUUAGAUUCUCCACCAAAGAGUAAAAACAACAAAACACUUGAAUUCAGGAAAAGAAUGUGAGACUCACAUGUGUUGAGUUGGAGUAAAAGUUUAUUUUAUUAAUUUUAUUUUAUACUCAUGAGACUGGAACACAACCCUAUAUGGUAUGUUUUAUAUGUGUGGGAGGCACAAUAUGUUCCUGCUACUUUAAAGCUAAUCUGAAGUCGAAACUGUUUGAUUGAUGCUACAAAAGCACAUGUGUAUUUUUACAAUUCAUGUCCACAAGUAAAUCACUGAUUGUAAUUGUCUUAUUGGUAAAGAGAUGCACAAUUCAAAAUGUACUUCUAUAACUAACAACAGCUUCCUUUCCACUUCCUGGCUUCCCUGGUAAAGAUGUGUGAAAAGCUACAAAAUGUUUAAAUCUCUAUUGUAGCAGCUUGAUUUUACUAAAAGAUAAUUCUUUGAGAAAAUAAUUCUUCAGUUCCUGUAAACUUAUUCAGUGUGUGCAAAAACAUUACCACUAGAAAAUAAUUGUUUUUAAUAAAAUCGUGUGUGGUGUCAUUAUUGGCAAUUUAUUGCAAUUUCUUUUUUGCAAUAAAUUUAUUGAUCAAAGUGUCUAAAAACUUUAAUUUUGAUAUAAAUUUGACAUGACACAGAGGUGUUGUGAUUUGUAGUU